AUGCAGACCCUGUGGGUGCUGCUGCUCUGCCUGGCUGCAGGGCAGCUUGCAAGUGCCAACCUCUGCGAGACCUACGGCACCAUCCCAGGCAUCCCCGGGGCACCAGGACUGCCUGGCAGCAAUGGCAGAGAUGGGGAGAAUGGCCCAAAGGGAGAGCCAGGUCACCCUGGCCAGGUGGAGAAUGAAGGAGACAGGGGGGAGAAGGGAGACCCAGGAGUGCCAGGGCUCCCCGGGGAGGCCGGACACAGGGGCAUCCCUGGUGGAAGGGGACUGCCAGGUUUCCUGGGACCCCCUGGCCCUCAAGGGGACCACGGUGACUACAAGGCCACUGUGAAGUCUGCCUUCUGCGCUGCCAGGUCGCUCAGCUCCUACCCGCGGCAGGAGCAGGCAGUGCGCUUCAACCGCGUCCUGGCCAACGAGCAGGAGCACUACGAGAGCCUCUCCGGCCGCUUCACCUGCCGCCUCCCGGGCAUCUACUACUUCACCUACCACGUCACCUCCAGGGGCAACCUCUGCCUCAGCCUGAAGAAGGGGCAGGCUGGCGGCAGGGCUGAGAAAGUGGUGACCUUCUGUGACUACGUGCAGGGCAGCUACCAGGUGACGACAGGUGGCGUGGUGCUCAGGCUGGCAGAGAAUGAGUCUGUCUGGCUGGAGCCCACCAAGGAGAACUCCCUGGUGGGGAUAGAAGGGUCUGACAGCAUCUUCUCUGGCUUCCUCAUCUUCCCCGAUGCUUAG